AUGGUAAAGGAAAACCCCUUCACAACAUCCAGCCAGGAGAAGAACACUCUACAGGUGGAAGUAUUUUCAUUAUCCAAGUCUACCAUCAAGAGAAGACUUCACAAGAGGAAAUACAGAGGCUUCAGCAAACCAUUCAUAAACCUCAAGAAUAGAAAGGCCAGAUUAAACUUUGCCCCAAAACAUCUAAAAAUGCCAGCUCAGUACUGGAACCGCAUUCUUUGGACAGUUAAAACUAAGAUCAACCUGUACCAGAAUAUGGGGGGCAGUGGGGUAGUACGGAGAAGGCUUGGAGCAGUUCAUGACCUGAAGCAUACCACCUCACCUUUACUUUCAGCGAAUGUAUCCAAUGGCAUAUUGCAAACAACCAGAUUCAUAACAGGAGGAAGACUUGUUUACAGUCAACAAUCUGAUGACUCUUCCAGGCCAGUCAGCCGUUACCCCAUACCUAAUAAGAAGGAUUUGCCACAUGAUAUAGUGAAAAAGAUGGAAGAGGUAGAAAAGGAGGAUGGAAUUUUGCCAAACAUUUAUAAAGCAAUGGCACAUCGACCGAAUGAGUUCAGACACUUUUUUGCACAUUAUGACUGUCUAAUGAAUAAGGAAACCGGCAAUCUAUCCAGGGCUGAUAAAGAGCUUCUUAUUGUAGCUACCAGCGCUUAUAACAAGUGCCCUUACUGUGUGACAGCUCAUGGAGCUCAGCAUAUAAUACAUUCUAAAAACCCAAUAUUGGCUUACCAGGUUAUUAUCAACUGGGGUCUAGCAGAACUUAACCAGCGAGAACGUGCGAUGGUGGAGUUUGCUUUAGCAAUUGCCAAACCAGAAAAUAUCACUGAAAUCCACUUCAAACAGCUGGAAAAGCACGGUUUGGACCGUGAAGAUGCUUGGGAUAUUGCUGCGAUUACCGCCUUUUUUGCCAUGGCUAAUCGUCUUGCAUACUUAAUGGAUUUGCGACCUAAUGACGAAUUCUGUAUGUCUUGA